AUGUCGCAGCCCAUUAUCCAGAAGGCCACCCCUCCGCCUCGGUCCCAGUGGGACUUUGGUGCCAGCCUUGCUGGCUGGAGUUUGGUUUCCGCGGGUUUGAAGACCCUCCUGGGGUCCAGUCGGCUUUCCCCUGCGACUGGACUUGGACUAAGUCGUGUGCCUUCUGCGUCCGCGUCCGGCCUCGUGCCGGUUGUGUCGCCUAACCUACAGGCAGGUUGUCGGGCCAUUCAGGCUCUUAUUCAGAGAGCAAGUGCCGUCGCCGGUGGCCCGAAGGCCAUUCCGGCCCCUCAGAUGGAGUGGCUCAAGUCCCAAGCAAGGGGACUUGAGAAGAAGUUCCAAAAGGCUAACCGACACUGCAAGGUUGGGCGGCCUUCCACUCGCUCUCAGGUGGGAGAGGAGUGGGUUCUCCCUGACGCCCCUAUGGAAAUUUUUCCUUUCUGUGAGCCUCCCGAUUUGGGUGAGGAAGAGAAGAGGACGAGUAUUGUGGCUUCCCCUGCUGCCGCCGCCGCCGCCGCCGCCGACGAUGACGACUUCGGUGGUGGAUUUGAAACUGGAAUGGGCAUGUCACCUUACCAAAACCCUCUCAACUGUCGUGAGGAGGAUCACUAA